AUGUCCUCAGGACUUGACCUGGAAAAGCUGAAAUGGGUGUUCCGGUCGAGACCGGACAUCCUCACAGCCAUCCAGCAGGCUGCAGACACUCCCGCACGCACUGCUCUCUUCAACGAGAUCGCAGACUUCGUGCACCAAAGGCUGGCGUUGGCCGAUGUUCAAAACGAACCUGCGGCAAAGAGAAGGCGGGUGGACGCCGACCAGCCUCCGUCCCAACCGCACGCCAACGGUCAUCCUGUAACCGGGAGCUGGAGUGCCGUCUCGCGAGGUGCCAGCUCGGCCGGUUCAAGUGCGGACGUCACUGUUUCGGAGCCAGUGUUGCUUGAGAUCAAAGACAUCUCCGUUGUGGUACCACAGCGUAAAAAGUAUGACAUCUGUUUUACUCAGAGCUGCCUCUUUGCAAAAGCUCAAGGGGCGACGGGUCCGGCGCCUGGGCUGGUGUAUCCGUGGAUCGAGAUCGAACAUGCCUUCUUCCUGCCAGUCCCUGAUAAGUCGCAGACGCAGUACAAUUACAUUCUUUUGCCACGCGACAGCUAUCUCCCUACAUCAAAGGCUUCAGGUGUUAGCAGUGAUAGGCAGGCAUCCCUAGAACCGCUUGUGUUCACGGUACCUGCCGCUGCACCGAAAGCAGGAAGCAUUAAAGGGACGGCGGCCAAAACAGCGGAAGCUUUCGCCGAGUCAUACAGCUGCCUUUUCCAUUGGGCACUCACUACGUCGCUGCGUGCGGCCGGCAACGAGUCCUUCCAGCUCAUAUCAUCCGAUCCCCGAGUUUUCCACAGUCUCGUGAAGCAGCCCCAUCGUCCUAACGAAAAGGCGGUCCAUGUCAAGGCCUUCCGCGGGAGCAAAGAAGGAUUUCUCUUUUUCCUGCCUACUGGCAUUCUGUGGGGCUUCAAAAAGCCCUUGGUCUUCCUUCCACUCGAUAAGAUCGCCGCCGUUAGUUAUACCAAUGUCCUCCGGACAACCUUUAACCUUGUCAUCGAGCUAGAUAGCGACGUCACCGCUGGCGGCAACGCGACAGACAAAGAAAUCGAGUUCGGAAUGAUCGACCAGGAAGAUUAUCAGGUCAUCAACGAAAAUUAUGUCCAGCGACAUGGUCUUGCGGACCGCAGCAUGGCAGAGCAGAGGAGGGCAAAGCGUCAGCUUGCUGAGAAUUUACGCAAGUCUACCAAAGCUGAAUCAUCUGGCGAGCCGUCUCAGAACGAUGGCCUGACGGAGCUUGAGCGAGCGGCACGCGAGGCAGAGCAGAGAUUGCAGGACGAGGAGGAUGAGUUGGAAGAGGAUUAUGAUCCAGGGAGUGACGGCGACAGUGAUGGUGAAGGGUCAAGUGAGGACGAUGAAGGUACUUAUGACGAGGAAGGGUGCAAUGAAGAGGAACUUGGUGAAUAA